AUGCUGCUCAAUCGCUACUCCAUCAUUGUCAUCCUCCUCAUCGUUGCCGUGGUUACGGCAUGCACCGUGGUGGCCGCGCUCUUCUUUGAGACGCCCGACUUCUCGGACCCCAUCGCGGGGUUUGAACCUCGCGGCACCACCAUCAGUGAGCGUUCCAUAGCCUGGAGUAACAUGAUGAACCAGACAGGGGCGGGUCUGCCCCUCUCCACGCACCCCGUCAAGCUCGGAGGUAGACCCCCAGCAGAGGUGGUCAAGGAGCCACCGGGGAUUCCCCACCCGGGCUUGACCAGACCCCCAAGCCCCUCCGUGGCCAGCGAUCAGAACCAGUCGCAGUCGGCCGACGAGGAGUCGACCUUGAGCUAUGAUGAUGAGGAGAAAGGGGUACUGGAUGGGGGUGAGCUUUCAUGGAAUGAGGGGGGCAACCUCGCACCCUCCACCGCCACCAUAGGCCCUCUGUGUGGGACACCCAAGAAACUCUAUGCACGGAUGGUAUUUGAACCCCUCCAGGGAGAGAACCUCUUCAAUGCCGAGGCCCUUCACUCCAUGUGCCGACUGGAGCUACAGACCAUCCGAUCUCACGUCCAGUUCAUGAAGGCUUGCUAUACCAGCAAUGUCACCAAUGCCUGCUGCCCUAGUUGGUCUCUCCCAAACUAUGUCGCCCUCCUCAACAACAAGUCAAAUUGCUUCAACAUCACAAACGCUGACGUGAGAGCAACGCUGCAGUUGCUAAGGACGUGCUCCCAUUUUUACCGGACGAGAGAGUUGCGCCACGACUGCUCCCACGGGGGCGCAUCUCUCAGCAACAGCUGCGCGAACGUGCCGGGGAAGUGCACGAGAUUUGACGCGGUGUAUCACAUACUCCACUACCUGGUCGACGUGGACUUUAUGUGCGUGGAGAGGCCUAACAACGAGCGAGUGACCUAUGCCCUGUCGGUGCUGCCGGUGUACGCAGGAAAUGACGUCAGGGCUAUCUAUGAUGAUGAAUUCAAAGCAGGUGACGUACGGGACCAGACAACAAAAAUCUCCGGAUUGUAUUUUGGGAUUAAGCAAGAUUUAUUCAGCGAGUACCUAACGACUGAUGCCAUCUAUCCCUGCCUGGGAGUUGUGUUUGUGGUGCUGUUGAUGUGGAUGUACAUAGGAUCCUUGUUUGUCACUGUCAUGACCGUCCUUAGCAUGGGAAUGUCCCUCAUCUGUGCCUACUUUGUCUACUUUGCAGUCUUUAGGAUACCCUUCUUCCCUUUCAUGAACCUCACCAGCGUCAUUCUUCUCGUGGGGAUCGGCGCAGAUGACGCGUUUGUCUUCUGCGAUAUCUGGAAGCAGUCGCGAAAGGACCGCCCAAACGCACCUCGCGUGAUCGUCGUCAUGGAGACGCUCAGGCAUGCAGCCUUGUCUAUGUUCGUCACCAGUUUGACGACUGCUUCAGCAUUCUAUGCCAACACCAUCAGCAACAUUACCGCCAUCAAGUGCUUUGGUCUGUAUGCAGGCACAGCUAUUUUGUUACACUUUGUGUUAAGCAUCACAUGGCUUCCAGCAGCUGUCGUUAUCGAGGACAUAUACUUCAAAGACUUAACAGACUGCAGUUCACAGAAGCAUGAGAAAAAAUUCAAAACGCAAAAAUCUUUCUUCAAUCAUUUGGUAGAUAUUUAUAGAAGGUGCACGGAAUGGUUCAGUGAUUGGGCGCGAGUAUUUUUCCAAAAGAUUUUGCCAUGUGUUGUCAUUAAACCCCGUUUACUGUGGUUACUGCUGCUUGGCAUCGUCAUGCUUGGUGGCUUUUGCCUUAUCUUUUUAGAUCCACGCCUUCAGCUCCCCACCCUCCCCGAGUUCCAGCUCUUCAGGUCUAUGCAUCCAUUUGAGCGCUACGACUUUGUGUUCAAAGACCUCUUUUGGUUCGAAAAAGUGAAUCGUGGUUCACUCUACGCCCACCUCCCAAUUACAGUGGUUUGGGGUGUGGAGCCUAUAGACAGCGGAAACCCAUUAGACCCUGACGACAUUGGAAACCUAGUCCUUAACCCUGACUUUGACAUGGCGUCACCAAAAUCACAGCUCUGGCUUCUGAGAUUCUGCAAAUUACUCAGAAAUCAAACGUUUUUUUCUUCAACACCUAGUUUAAAGAUUGAAAACUGUUUUAUAGAGACGUUUAGUGAGUGGAUGGAUAGUAGGAGUUGCAUAGAUGUGGGGACGGGUAUGAACAAUGCUCCCUGCUGCAAGGGGUCUCGCUUCCCCUACUCUAGAUCAGUUUUCAAUCAGUGCCUACAGACUGCAGUAACGGAACUGCAUCAGUUCUCUCCGUCAUACUUUGACAAGUGGAAACCUGGACCAAGAUUCGGUAGCCAAGACAAUGCUGUGAAGGCAGUGAUCAUUGAAUUUGACAGUUCCUACGCUUUCUCGCAUUCUUACGAAGAAAUGAAAGAGUUCUGGACCAAGCUUGAGAGCUGGAUGAAGCCUGUUCUGAAGACAGCUCCACCAGGUCUAGGAGAGGGGUGGUUUAUCAGCUAUCUGGACUUCUACAAUCUUCAAGACAACCUGGCGAGAGGGACACCCCUCUCUCUAGGUCUCUCCAUCAUCAUCGCAAUGGUGGUCAUGUUCCUUACAACACAAAACUUUGUGAUCAGCCUAUUUGCCAUUCUGUCCAUAUCUGGCACUAUUUGUGUGACCAUUGGUGCCCUAGUCCUCCUUGGAUGGCAACUCAACAUCCUGGAGUCUGUCAUCCUCUCCGUAUCAGUGGGUCUCUCGAUCGACUUCACGGUGCACUACGGGGUGGCAUAUCGCAUCGCACCAGAGCCAGAUCGCGAAUCUCGCGUCGUGUACUCCCUUGCUCACAUGGGAUCGGCCAUCAGCAUGGCUGCCCUGACAACCUUUGUGGCAGGUGCUUUGAUGAUGCCUGCGAGCAUCCUCUCCUACACUCAGAUGGGCACGUUCUUGAUGUUGAUCAUGAUCAUCAGCUGGCUCUACUCCACGCUCUUCUUCCAGUCCCUGUGUCGCGUGAUUGGACCAGAGGGCAACGUGGGCCAGAUUCCCGUGCCUUCUUGUAUCUGCUACUGUCUGGAUCGCAUAUGCUGCUGUUGCUGCUGCUGCUGCUGUUGCUUCAGUGCUCACUUCAAGUACGCCAACUCCUGCGGCAACGUCGGGGUUGAGGAAUCAGAAGUCAGCAUGUCCUUUCAUUCGUCCACCCUACAAAGUGGGGAAUCCCAUGAACUCGAGCCGCUCAAUGUGGAGAACAGCUCUACCGCUUUGGAGUCAGGGUACUGCUCACACAUGAGCACGAACAGGGGGUCGUCGUAUUGCAGAUCGGACUUCAGCCCCCGAAGAGAACCACUAGCAAACAUGGCAGAGCGUUACGCCCUCUGCAGUCCAGGGCGGAGUGCUGCCUUUCAUAAAACAAUACCCACAACCUCAAACACUAGUAUCAAUGGUUUCUCCCCCGCCCAUAAACCCCCCUCCCCUGCCCAUGGACCUACUCUGGUCUCGUCCAAGCCCCCCUCUCCCCUUAUAUCAACUCAGGUGGUACUAGAAGGGUCAGACUUUGUUACACGGGUAUGUCACCCCUCACCCAAGACUGAGUCGAUAGAGCCAAUAGAGCCGGAGGAAGCAAUCGUACCAAACAGGUCCUCACAGGUGGAGGAUGUCUGGUUGCCUAGGUGAUGAAGAUGUGUUCACAUUUAAUUUUAAUUUUCUUAUAACUCAAUAUGUGAAUAUGGUUUUUUAAAGAUAUAUCUUAUUAUUUCAUUAUCUACAGUGUAUUUGUUCUUCCUUGAUGUAUUGAGGAAUAAAUGUUUAGUUCUUUCAAAUACGAAUGCAACCUUUUUUUAUUUGAAGAGACAUAAUGAGAAUAAACCUGUAGAUCAGUGUACCGGUAGACAGAAUUCCAAACAUUAAGUCUGACGACUAUAUUUAUCUGUACUUAGACAGUUGAGAUUUACCAUAAAGGCCCUGUUCAGAUAUGUGCGGAUAAACCGUGGUAGUUUUUGACGAUGACGCUGAGUGAUAUACACGUCACAUUAAAGUAUCUUGAACACAAAACUCAGUGAAUACGCACGGGACCUUUGUUGUCAUUGGUAGUUUAUUUAAACGUUAAAAAACGUGGAGGUUUUUGCGGCAGUUUACCAUGUCAUAUGUUAACGAGCCUUUACAUUAGUUUGUUUUUAUUUUACCACAGCUUUUACUCAAGGCAGUUUACUAUGUCGCGUGCGAAAGAGGCUUUGCAUGUUCUAAAGUUUGGGAUUAUGUGUGGGUUGAUGAAACUUUUAAUUUCCAUCAUCUGUUUGAAUAAAUCCCUUCUUUCAAGAUUUGCCAAUGGUGUUAUAAGAAAAAAUGGUAAUUUUAAUUCCAAAAUGAGAAUAAUCUGAGAGACUUGUCUUUGCAAAUUUAUGCAGACACCUCACAUAAGAGGAUUUAGUCAUAGGAAAGAAAUAGUUAGAGCUUGUGAGUUUCAACUUGUCCAUGUUUCAGAAAUCCAGCUUUAAAAAUGAGAAGCUUUUAUCAGAUGGAGUAUUCCAUGCACUCACAUUACUAUAGACAUUGAUUAUAUUUCCAUAUAGAUGAGUGCAAUUUCUUAGUAUUCUCCUGCAAGUGAUCACAUUUCUAUUUCUUCUACAAGACUUUAUAUUUCUAUUGAUGAAACAAUGUAAUGUGUGAUGUCCAUGGGUUUCUGAUCAGAUUUUUAAAAGCAGUUCUAUGCCAGUUGGGCAUUUAAUUACCAUGUUUAUCGUUGUUAUCAUCAACAUCACCAUCAUCAUCAUCAUCUUCAUCAG